UAAACCGCCGAAUAUCUUAUUGAGAAAAGCAGAGCAUUUCAUCGAAAAUCGGACCAUCGAAACUCCACACUAUUCGACUAUAAAUUGAUUAGGUUUGGACACCAUUCGUCAAAUCGCGUAUGUACAAUUCAAUUUUGUUGCAACAAGAGCCAACCAUUUCUUCGCUGUUCUUUACAUAGAUAGCAUUCGCAUCAAAAUUGGGAGUGAAUAAAUUGAAAGUUACUGAAAACGCGAAUAAAUUGAAACUUUUUGAAUUUUGUUUUCUCUGUGUGACAGGUCACGUUUUGAAAGCCGACGACAGAAGAAUUUGUUGUUAACGAAAUUUCAUUCGAUUCGAUUUAACGGAAUUUUUGGUUACACAAACAGUGACGAUAUAAGAUCUUGAAGAAUUCCACAAUCUUUGAGUCGACAUCAACAUUGCAAAGAUUCGUUUAGCAAGCCAUUUCCACAAUGAGUAGGACGAUGGAACUCACCCGCAAUUUGAAGCGGCACACAAGCGAUUACAUUGACGAAAUACCGCAAAAGAUUCCAAAAUUAAUGGAGAGUCCACCACAAGAUAAAUCAGAAGCCGAAGACGAAACAUUAAAAUUGAUUGAUCUGAAUGACUAUUGUUUGGAGAGCAUUUUUGAACAUUUACCUCUGUCCGAUUUGUUCAACAUUGCUGAGUGUCAUCAAAAUUUCGUCGGCGAAGCACAAUUGGCUGCAAAGCGAAAGUUUCGUGGAAAAUCCGUUAAAAUUGAUUGUCACUACAUUUCAAUCGGUGAAUCAGUUGGACACUUCAUGGAGUCAGUUUCCAAGACACGAUACAACUGCGAGAGAAUUUAUAUUGCAGACUGUCCAUUCGUAUUUGUGACAAAGUUCUUUGAAUAUUUUGGCCAUUUCAUUUCGAGACUGACAAUUGAUGACGAUUUCAUGAUCAGUUCAAAGACUUUCGGUAAACUCAUCGACAAACAUUCAACGCAAUUGCAGCAUAUCGAAUUGAUGUAUUCAUUCGAUGGAGAUGAAAUCAAAUUGUGCAAUGUGAUCAUGAACAUCAAAAAGUUGACAACAUGCAUUGUGCCAUGCAUCACAUUCAAAAAUCUUGAUGAAUUGGAGCUGAUUAAAUUGGAAGAAGUGCCGUAUACCGAUAUUACCGAGGAUUACAUUCGCUUGAUGUUGGGAUUCAUUUGCAAACAUCCGAAUUUGGUCAAGUUGACGAUCAUGCUAUCGUACUGGAGCUAUUACUAUCUGUCCAGUGAACAUAUCACGCAACUCAUCACAAGCCUCCCGAAUUUGGCUGAAAUCACACUUGAAAAUGAUAUAAUUUCAGUCGAAGGUAUCGUGCAACUUCUUGCUGGAUGCAAAUCGCUGAAAAGACUCCGUUUGCUGGCGUAUCCAAAUGAAAUGGAUCAACGGCUGUUUCAUGAGUAUAUGGACACAAACAAUGGCGAUGAAUGGAAGGUCGAAGUCGUUGGUACUCACGCCUAUGGGUGCUUUGUAUUGGAUUUUAUUCGAAUGCAAUGAUUUUCUUCAGUACGCGAAAGAGAACACAAAAUUAAUCAUUUUCUUAUGUUGAAAACUUAAAUUUGACUUUCUAUAUAUUGAUGAUAACCACAUUUUUUUCUUCAUUUGAUCAUGUCAAACGAAAUUUUAAGUGAUGAGGUAAAAACAAAAGGACAGAACAUGUACACAUUGACUUAAAGGCUUAACAAUAACUCGAUUUCAUUAAAAAUAAAGAAAGAUUUUCUAACAAAAAGAGGUCGGAACACGGAAAACUUCUUCUUCAUUGAGUGAUGUUCACUCUAAGUGAUUAUCAAAGAUCGAUAACGAUUUCA